AUGUUCAAGUCCGCUGUCCUUUCGCUCGCGCUCGUCGCCGGCUCGGCCUCUGCCAUCACCAUCAAGUUCGUCAACCAGUGCUCGUACACUGUCUGGCCCGCUGUCGGUGCCGCACCCUACGGCAGCCCGGACAGCUCUAUUGCGUACGGUACCACCCUCGGCGCUGGUGGCUCUGCCAGCUUCGCGGUCUCUGACACCGCCAUCGGCAUUCGCUCUUGGGGUCGUACUGGCUGUGACGGCUCUGGCGCAAACUGCGCAACUGGUGCUUGCAACGGCGGCCUUGUCUGCAACGACGCCGGUAUCACCUCCGGUGUCAUCCUCGGCGAGUACGGCUACGGUGACUUCGGCUCCUGCUGUGGUGGCCAGAGGACUUCGUGGGACUUGAGCAUCGUCUCUGCCUCCUUGAACAUCCCCACCAAGCUCACCUCUUCCGACGGCCAGAGCGUGCAAUGCACUGGCACGCCGUGCGACGCCUCGCAGGUGUACACCUACACUGACGACUACGCCGCGGACCGCAACUCCGCUCUCGGCCAGACCUACACGCACACUUUCUGCCCUUGA